AUGGCUGAGGUGGCGAGCGCGAUUCCCGGCAGCGGCAAUCUGGGUAUAGCCAGAGACGGCGCGGAGCACGUCUACUUCCACUCUGGCUCCGAAGCUACGUACCGCAAGGUGUCCGAGAAAGCAUCCGGAUUCACAACCAUUCCAACGAUUGAUCUGACUGACUUGGACGGGACUGCCGCCCAACGAAAGGCUAUCGCCGACGACAUUUAUAAAGCAUGCCACGAAUGUGGCUUCUUCUAUGUCAAGAAUCAUGGGAUUCCCCAAGAAAUAGUUGUCGAGACGUUCCAAUUGCUGAAGAACUUCUUUGCUCUCGACCUGGACAGCAAGAUGGAUGCCCAUGUCCAAAAGAAUCCUGCAAUUCGUGGUUAUGAACCAAUGUUGGAGACGAAACUAGAUCCAAGAACCCAGGGGGACAUCAAAGAGGCUUUUACGAUGGGAGAUUGUGUAAUUGAGCCAGAGCAGGACUAUGUUGGGAGGACGGGAAAGCAACGACCGGCUCACAUCACGCAGCCGCAGAACAUAUGGCCAGAAAAGGCACCGUGGUGGCGCGAUGGCCUGUACAAGUACUACCACCAUGUCUUUCCCCUGGCGAUGAAACUCGUCCAAAUAUUCGCCUUGGCCUUUGGCAUGGAGGAGACGGCCUUUGACAAGCACUUUCAAUUCCCAAUUACUGGCAUGCGCCCGCUAUACUACCCGCCAACCCCGGUGACAGAGGAUGCUGCCAGCGUCGGGCUCGGCGCCCACGCAGACUUUAGCUGGCUCACCUUGGUGCUCCAAGGAGAGAAUGUGCCGGCGCUCGAGGUGCUCAAUCCCGAUGGUAUCUGGGUGGACGCUCCGCCGAUCCCCGGCACGCUCGUCUGCAACGUGGGACAGUACCUGGAGCGCCAGACGAAUGGCCUGUUUCCCGCUACCGUUCACCGUGUGCGAAACAAGACAGGCCAGGAGCGAUAUUCACUUCCAUUCUUUCUGACAAUGGACCCUGAUGUCGAACUGGACGUCCUGGACUGCUGCGUGGAGCAGGGUGAGGUACCGAGCUACGAGCGCAUCAAUGUUGGGGACUUGUAUAUUCGCCGUGUCCUGCCAGCUAGAAAGAAGCAUCCCACAAGCAUCAAAUACCGGGAUGUACCUCAGGAUCAAUGGUCAUAUCGGAUGCUACUGUCUUGA